UCCAAGAGGCAGCACAUGUCCAACAGCAGCUCCAUCACCGAGUUCCUCCUCCUGCCAUUCGCAGACACAAGGGAGCUGCAGCUCCUGCACUUCGCGCUCUUCCUGGGCAUCUACCUGGCUGCCCUCCUGGGCAACGGCCUCAUCCUCACAGCCAUAGUUUACGACCACCGCCUCCACACCCCCAUGUACUUCUUCCUGCUCAACCUUGCCCUCCUUGACCUGGGCUCCAUCUCCACCACUGUUCCCAAAGCCAUGGACAAUUCCCUCUGGGACACCAGGGCCAUUUCCUACGUGGGAUGUGCUGCUCAGGUCUUUUUCUUUUUCUUUUUAUUGUCAGCAGAGUAUUCAAUUCUAACUAUCAUGGCCUACGACCGCUAUGUUGCCAUCUGCAAGCCCCUGCAUUAUGGGAGCCUCCUGGACAGCAGAGCUUGUGCCCAGAUGGCAGCAGCUGCCUGGGGCAGUGGAUUUCUCUAUUCUCUGUUGCACACUGCCAAUACAUUUUCACUGCCUCUCUGCCAAGGCAAUGCUGUGGACCAGUUCUUCUGUGAAAUCCCCCAGAUCCUCAAGCUCUCCUGCUCUUACUCCUACCUGAGGGAAAUUGAGCUUCUCACAUUUAGUGUUCUUCUCUUUUUGGGGUGUUUUGGUUUCAUUCUUUUCUCGUAUGUGCAGAUCUUCAGGGCUGUGCUCAAGAUGCCCUCUGAGCAGGGACAGCGCAAGGCUUUUUCUACGUGCCUCCCUCACUUGGCUGUGGUCUUUCUGUUUCUCAGCACUGGCAUGUUUGCCUACCUCAAGCCCCCCUCAGUCUCUUCACCAUCUCUGAACCUGGUGAUGGCUGUCCUGUACUCGGUGAUGCCCCCAGCAGUGAACCCCCUCAUCUACAGCAUGAGGAACCAGGAGCUCAAGAAUGCCAUUAGGAAAGUGAUUUCAUAGAAAUUAUAUAAGGAUGUGCUUAGAAAAUUGGGCCUUUCUGCAGCUAUAAAGUUCUUUUCUUCUUCAUCGGAUGAAUUACAUUUUAUGUAAUAUUUGGAGAAGCUGUCUUACCUUCUGGA